GAGCCAAGACGUCAUAUCUUUCAUUUGAUCCAAGGAGAACAGCAGUGCUGCUCCUUAAAACACCCUGCUGUUGGGUGAUUGUUCUAAUGGGGAUGCAGGGACUGGUUUUGCUCAGUUUUCUCUUGUCAGGUGGAAGUCUUUGUGUCGCUUCGCAAAGCUUUAACAUCAGCACCACUCAAAUUCCAAACAAAACAGUGCAAACACGCCAAGAGCCGUCCACAUUGCCGCAAACAACAGAUCAUCAUUCAAAGAGGACGGAGCAGAGCGAUCCAGGAGGUUUCCCUGCCAGACAGCGGCUCUGGAUCCACCAGCUACGAAGGCCUGUUGUUGAGGAGCAUGUGCAAGACCCGCAGGGACCGGAGGCAACCGGGCUUCUGCAGCCAAGACUCCAAAAUGAUAUGUUUGAGACUAUAAUACUAGGUCCAGAUCUCAACCCGCCUGCUGAGCCUGAUCCAAAGCUGCUGGUUGACUUGGAGGAGCGGGUGCCUGUGCCAGCUGACAGCGUGGCGGUGCACUGUGGCGAGGGAGAGGUCGUCGUAGAGGUCAAGCAGAACUUCUUGGGAAACAAUCAGCUGAUACGUCCAAGUGAUCUGACCUUAGGAGGCUGCGGCCUGCUGCACGUCGCUGACCACAUGCUGCGCUUCCGGGCAGAGCUGCAGGAAUGUGGCAGCACCAUGAAGAUGACAGACGAAGCCCUCAUCUACGCCUUCUCCCUGGUCUACUCUCCAGCACCGGUUGGCAGCACCUCCAUUUUUAAGACUAACCCCGUGGAGGUGCUAAUUGAAUGCCACUACACAAGGAGGCACUACGUGAGCAGUGACGCCGUGGUGCCUCAUUGGCAGACGUUUGCCUCCAGCGUGUUAACAGAGUGGCAGCUCCACUUCUCCCUGCGGCUCAUGACGGAGGACUGGCAGUCCCACAGGCCCACCAGUGUUUACUUCCUGGGUGAUGUAAUGCACAUUGAGGCCUCAGUCCUCCAAGGCCAUCAUAUUCCACUGAGGGUCUAUGUAGACAGCUGUGUGGCUACCUUGGACCCUGACCCCAAUUCUCAACCGGGGUACACCUUUAUCAACAAUCACGGGUGUCUCGGAGACGCUAAGCUGACGGGAGCCAAGUCCUACUUCAUGCAGAGAAGCCGCGAGGAUAAACUCGCUUUCCAGCUGAAAGCCUUCAAGUUCCACAGAGAUCACAGGAAUUCUAUUUACAUCACAUGUCAGCUGACAGCGACCGCAAUCUCUGCUCCCAUCAACGCGCAGCACAAAGCCUGUUCCUUCUUAACUGAAGCUAACAGAUGGGUGGCAUCGGGUGGCGACAACGAGGUGUGUAGAUGCUGUGAAAGCAGCUGCAGGCAGCAGAGGCGGAAAAGGAACCUUGCAGAAGAUGCUGGUCUCGUUCAGUGGACUGGGAGAGCUGCUCUGGGCCCCAUUUGGGUGGAACGGCCCCUCCACACACGCGUGUCACAGCCACAAUCAAACCCCUCACUUCCGACACAAGAAGUGACAGAACCAGCCUCCUCCCCAUCUUUUGUCAUGCUGUGUGCCGUGGGUGCAGCCAUGGCGGCGGUGCUGCUUGCUGUCAUGGCUGCUGCCAUUUGCAGCAGAGUGCACAAACCCACUGUGAAGUUUUGUACCUGACUGGGAAGAAUAAAAGAUUUAUGCUCCGGC